AAACAGCUAAAUAACUUGUGCGGUUACAUGUAAAUACUGUAUGUUGGUGCAUUGUAGAAACUGAUUUGGUCUUUAUUUGACAGCUCCUCAGCGUGGAUUUAUUGGACGUUCAUAUACAUAAAUGUAUUGGAAAAAAUUACAUCUUCAGGACGGAUUAGGAGAAGAUCACUGGAAAGUCAAUUGGAUUUGUGCAAUAGGUGAACUUGAAAUAGCCCACAAUGGACAACUGCUGCUGGCAAAGCCAAUGACUCAAGGGUGCUGCACAGUGAUCGACAUGUAUGAGAAAUUCUAGUUUAAACAGUUGUGUUUUAAACGAUCUUUAACUAAAAAAAAAAAAAAAAACUAACUAUGGGUCAAACGCAGAGUGAGACUGAUAGCGAAGUGACUCUUCAGAACAUUCAGGAACUUUACCGCAAAUUUGCCAGUGAAUGUCCAAGUGGAAAUCUGCAUUUACAUGAAUUCAAGAAAAUCUUCGGGAUUAACAGCCAAUCUACAGAAGAAGAAGGAGCAUAUAUGGAGUGUGUUUUCCGGUCCUUUGACACAAACAAGGAUGGAAACAUAGACUUCUUGGAAUAUGUGGCAGCAGUACACCUUGUUCUUCGAGGAAAGCUGACGGAUAAACUGAAGUGGUCUUUUAAGGUUUAUGACAGAGAUGGAAAUGGCUGUUUGGACAGAGGAGAAGUGAAGCACAUAGUCAAAAUUAUUUACAAGAUAAAGAACCACAAUAAACCAGGUGUGACAGUGAAUAUCGAGGACAUCUGUGAUCGAAUAUUUGAACUGGUGGACAAGAAUAAAGACAGUCAAAUUUCUUUAGAGGAAUUCAUUGAAGGGGCUGAAAGGGACCCUUGGGUGAUGGAACAGCUCAAACUGGACAUUGGACCCUGUGAAUGGUUCAAUUUACAGCAGGAGAAGAAACCCUGACUUGAAGUGUACAGCUUAUGUGUAAUAUGUAAUGACUAGAGACUAUGGGAUGGAAACUCUGCCUUUGGCCAUCAUCAGCCCCUGUGUUUACACACUGUAACUCACUCAUCCCAAUUUCAGGGUUUGUGAUACAUCAAACACAGGCUGCAUAUGGGAUAAGGUUGCUGUCAAAAUAUUUCUGUGCAUAGGAUAGA